AUGUCUCAAUCACCUGUGUUAGUACUUCGCGGAACCGGAACGCAAGGAAGAGCUGUUAUCCAACACCUCCGGAAAAACAACAUUCCAGCUCGGGCAUACGUUUCAAAUUCCAAAGAUGAGCGAGCUCUCGCAGUGCGGGAGUUGGGCGCAGAAUUGUUUGAAGGAACUCUUGACAAUUUGAAGGCGUUGCAAGACGCCAUGACUGGAUGUGUUGGACUGUUCCUUAACCAAAUGCCCUCUAUCAGAGACGACACCGAAGUUCGACAAGCAAGGGCCAUCAUCGAAUUAGCCCGAAAUGUGGGAGUUAAGCAUGUUGUGCAUUCUACCUCGCUGGGUGUACCGAGAGCCGAAGAGCUUCGUCAAUCUGGCUCGAUUGUAGCUGCGGCCGUCGUUGGAAAAGCUCAUGUCGAAGAGCUUGUGAAGGCUGCAGGAUUCGAAUAUUGGACCAUAAUAAGAGGAGGGUACUUCAUGUCGAACUUCGUGGGCCAUCUCAGUCGCUCCAUGUUCCCGGAACUGUGGAAAGAACACAAAUUCGUUUGCUCCUUCAAGCCGGACACUCUGCUCCCUUUGGUUGAUCCCUACGACAUUGGCGCCUUCGUGACUGCUGCUUUCAGCCACCCGACAAAGUUUACUGGCAAAAUAAUUCCACUAUCGAAAGAAAAUAUACGAGUAGAUCAAGUAGUCAAGGAUUUGGAGCAUGCUUCGGGAGAGCGCAUUGAAGGAGUGUAUCGCACUGAAGCGGAAACGGCAGAGUUGGCGAAGACAAAUCCCAUGGUUUCGGGUGCUAAAGAGUUGGCAGAACUCUACAAACUAGCGGAUUCCGAAGCCGCUCAGGGCUGGGGCAUCGUUCUACAUUCACUUCCGCAAUUCUUAGAGAGGGAAAAGAGCCAAUUCGACGGGAGUUUUGCUUGA